UUCCCAGCUACCACCAUCAAAGCUUCAUAGAAUGUGAACUCUGCAACUCUUUCUUCCCAUUUUUUCAAUUUCUCAGGAUCCAAAAUCUUGUCUUUUUCACUCAUACUUCAUCAUAGCUUUGUGUAUUCUUGGUAUAUAUGCUAAAGUUACAAAAGAAGAAUCUUUUCUUGUCUAAUAUUUGACCAGCAUCACCAGUUUCUCUGUUUUUUCCCACGAAGGAGUUUGAGUUUGGACCCAAGUUUCUUUUUUCUGUUAACUUGUAGGCUUGUUGAUGCCUACUGACUAUUUCACUUGUUGGGUUGUUGUAUUUUUGCUUCAGCAAAAACCCCUUUAAGUCUAACUGUUGAAAUUUUUGACUUUGAUGUGUAAUUUAUUUCAGAUCUUUGUAGAGGGGUGUUGGUUUAGAGUUUUGUCAGAUACCCAUUGUUUCUUUGAGUUCCCAGAAGCUAAAUUUAUGGUGGGGUUUCAGAGUAGAUUAUCAAGAUUGUGUCUUUUGUAAAUUGAUUGACUUUUGAGGUUGUAGUUGAGGUUAUUAAGGUUGUUUUUUUGGGGGUUUAGUUUAGGAAAGGGGCAUAGUGCUUGAAGUUUACGGAUUAGGGUUUAUGUGAGGCUGGAUAUGGUGCUUUGAGUUGAAAAGAUCUAAUUUUGGGUAUUUUUCUGAAGAUGGGUAGUAGCAAUGACCACUGUUUUGUGGAAUGGAAGGAACAAUUUGUUUCUAAGGAGAGGGGACAUCGUGUGGUUCAUUAUUUCUUGAAGGAUAUUUCAGGGGAAUCUAUUCUUGCUGUUGUAGGAACUGAAAGGAGUGUUAGGCAUAUGUUUUAUGUCGUCUCCGAAGAGUUCUUGAAAGCUUAUGCAGGUGAGGACUCUGUCUAUGCUGGCUUCAGAUGGAGGUCAAGGAGAGAAGUGGUGAAUUGGCUCACAUCAAUGCUAUCAAAACAGCACUUACAAAGUGAUUUUUCAAAAUCACCGAAAGAUGAUCCUAUGUCUCCAUUAUUCAGUGUCCAAUCAACAGAUAUGGCAAGUAACAAGGGUUCUAUAACAAGAAACUUGAGAGUUCAUUCUUCCGACAUAGUUUGGUCAGGUGAACCAUGGAUAUGUAGUAAACAGCUCAAACACUACCCAACAUUUUCCCGGAAUGGGAUCACAAUCGCUGUACAUGCAUUCGUCUUUGUCAUGGCUGAAAAGGAAAAUCAGUACCUUGCAUAUCUUGAAGAUAUGUAUGAGGACCGGAAGGGCCAGAAAAAAGUCAAAGUGAGAUGGUUCCACUUUAAUAGGGAAGUGAGAGGGGUUGUCUCUUUAAGAAAUCCUCAUCCUAGAGAGGUUUUCAUCACUCCUUAUGCUCAGGUCAUUAGUGCAGAGUGUAUUGAUGGUCCGGCCAUUGUCUUAACUCGGGAACAUUAUGAGAAAUGUGUAGCUGUUUUCCCAAAUGACUUGCUAACAAGAGUACAUUUUUGCUUCAGACAAUUUAAGGGCAACAGAGUAAAACCUUUUGAACUAGGUAAAUUGCGCGGUUACCUUGAUCAAUCAAUUUUCUCAUGUUUCAGUCCAGAUUUCUUUGAAGAAGAAGAAUUUAGUGCUAAGGAUGAUGUAAAAGUUGGAGCUAAAAGGCCAAGAAAGAAAUAUAAGGAGCAUCAGAUGACAGCAUAUGAAGAGUCUUACAAGAAGUUCAAAAAUGGUUUUUUAAGUAGGAAAUUUAACUCCAAUAAGCAUGUUGGAAGUGAGCUUUGGUAUACUCCUAAGUUUGUGGUUAAUGAGAAGAUAGAAUGUCUGAGCCAAGAUAGUGGGAUCCGAGGCUGCUGGUUCAGAUGCACCAUUGUGGAAAUAUCCCGGAGACAGAUGAAAAUAAAGUAUGAUGAUAUUAAGGAUGAAGAUGGAUGUGGAAACCUUGAGGAAUGGAUCCCUACAUUUAGACUUGCCAAGCCUGAUAAACUUGGAAUGAGAAACUCUAACCGUCCAACAAUCAGGCCUUCCCGCCCUUGUGACCUGGAAGAUCUUGCCUUUGAUGUGGGAGCACCUAUUGAUGCCUGGUGGAGUGAUGGUUGGUGGGAAGGAAUAAUUGUCGACGCAGACAAAUCAGAAAAGGAAACCUAUAGAGUUUAUGUUCCUGGUGAGAGGAUGUUCUUGAAUAUAGAUAGAAAGAAUCUAAGAAUCUCAAGGGAUUGGGUGGGAGAUCGAUGGGUAGAUAUCGAAACAAACAGAGACAUUCUUUCAAUGAUAUCUUUGAUCCAAGAAACCAAGAUUUCUGUAUCAAGUAUUACUUCAGAGCGCCAGCGUGCUAGUCCUAUGGAUCAUAAAAUUCACUCGAGUAGCGUGGAUGAAGAAGCUGCUCGUGGUUCUACAGAAGCAAGAUCAGUUGAUCACCAUUCAAAACAUUCAAUCGGUGUCAAUAUUGAGAAGCAAGAAGAUCACAUUACAGAAAAGCGACUAACUGAUAACUCCACUAGAGAUAUAGACUUGAUUAAGGAUGAGAAGCAUGCAACUGAAAACAAAUCCGAUGAGAAUGAUUGUAAUAACAGCAGCAGCAGUGGCAGCGACAAGCAUGACUUAGACUGCCAACUUAGCGAUGAUAAUGAUUCUUACAACACGGACAUUGACAACGACACUAACAAGGACAGCAAUGUGGAAAAAUCAUCAGAACCUGAGAUUGAUGGGGGAAAAUGCGAAACAGAAGUAAUGGAUAUGGUGGCGUGAUGUAUUACCACCGAAACAGAUUCCAGUUUGUUGCUAGGUACUGAUGCUGUUCAACUGUACAUAGAGAUGGAAAUUGAAUGAGGUUUGCUCGUAGUGUUAGAAAUCGAGUGUCUUAGACUCUUAGGUGUACAGGUUAUCAUUAGUUCCCACUACUUUAUUAGAAUCUGGAGAUGCUCUAGCAAUUAUAAACUCUCUAAUUACUAGGAUCUUCUACGAUAUCUGUAACGUUCCACUAUUGAGUCAAAUUGUUUUGCAAGUGUGUUGCACACAGUGUAAUAGACAGAUACAUACUAUGAACCUUGCAUGUUGUAAAAUGCAGUAUUUUAUGGUGAAAUCAUUGUCACA